UCCGGGGGCCACGACUUUGACACCUUAACGGCUGCAACGGUCAUGUGAUCGCCUCCCAUUGGCGCUUUACACCGUCCGGAUGUGGCCACGCCUGUUUGUGUUUGUUUGUUUAAAUGGCUCUUUAAAGAUUCAGCCACGAUACUGAAGGCUCCGAGAUGUUGGACUAGAGGGCCUUCCUGUUACUGAAGGAUUCGUAAACAUCAAAUCCUAAAUUUAACUCAAAGGAUCAAAUAGUCAAAACCUUUUUGAACCAUUACCAUGUUUUACUUUUCCUCUGUGCCUCUGUUCAUUCCAAACACCAGAUUAUCUUUCCAUUUCCUCGUGUCUUUACGGCAAUUAAGCCCCGACUUUUGGGACCGAGUCCAGCUGCGCUCAGCGGGCGACUCGGUGCACUCAGCAGCACAUUUCAUCCCACAAUUAACUUUGACGUCUCGACUGUGGUUUCUAUUAUUUACCACCAACGCUCAACGUUUUUUUGCCACCACUGGAACUGCAGAACGAAAAGGGGACGAAAAAGAAGAGGAAGUCAGCAGCUCGAUGCAGUGAGAAGUAAAGAGAAGAGGUCUUAAAGGCACAGUACGGGCCACGCAGACGUUUCUCAGUACCGAGGUGACUGAGUUUCGUGCCCUCGAGAGGGUUCGAGCUCCAAGAACUCCCCGUCGAGCGGUUGAAGGUAUCGUAGCUCGUAGGGUGUUGAGCAAUCGCUGCUGUGUGCCGUAACCGUGGUGACACGUCAUAACGUUAUUUACCGGCCGUCAGGAUGUCGCAAGAUUCAAGACUUUCUGUACACAGGAAGUGAAACGUCGACUAAAAACAAGUCUACAAAUACAAAUAAAAGAGCUGAGUUCCACCCUGAUGGAGAAGAUGCAGGCCCAGGAGAUGAUGAGCGGCCUGAGGAUACCGGAGCUGGAGGACCUGGGACAUUUCUUCCGCUCCUUGCCGACCUCCACGCUGGUGGGCAUCGGCGCUCUGACCGCCGUGCUGGCGUACUGGUUGGCCACCCGGCCCCGGCCCAUCAAGCCCCCCUGCAGCCUGCUGCACCAGUCCGAGGAGGUGCCGCAUGAAGAUGGAGCUCGCAGGUCCAUGAUGGGCGACGGCUCCAAGCUGCUGAGCCAUUACCAUGACGACGCCAGGACCAUGUACGAGGUGUUCCAGAGAGGCCUGCACGUCUCCGGGGACGGGCCUUGCUUGGGCUCGCGGCUCCCCAACCAGCCUUACAAGUGGAUCUCCUACAAAGAGGUGACGGCCCGGGCCGAGUACCUGGGCUCCGGCCUCCUGCACCAGGGCUGCCGGCCGGACCCCAACCAGUUCAUAGGAGUGUUCGCCCAGAACAGGCCGGAGUGGAUCAUCUCAGAGCUAGCUUGCUACACCUACUCUAUGGUGGUGGUUCCCCUCUACGACACACUGGGCCCAGACGCCAUACGGUUCAUCAUUAACACUGCCGACAUCUCCACGGUCAUCUGUGACAAGGUGGACAAAGCUCAGGUGCUUCUGGACAACGUGGAGCGGAAGGAGACGUCCGGCCUGCGGAGAAUCAUCCUGAUGGACGACUUCGACGCCGACCUGGUCGAGCGCGGCGAGAGCUGCGGCGUCCACGUGCAGGCCAUACAGGAAGUGGAGGCGCUGGGCAGGGAGCACCACAGAAACCCUGUACCACCGGCACCAGACGACCUGUCCAUCGUGUGUUUCACCAGCGGAACCACAGGGAACCCAAAGGGAGUCAUGCUGAGUCAUGGGAACGUGGUGGCAGAUUUCUCAGGCUUCCUCAAAGUAACAGACAAAGUCAUUUUUCCCAACAAGGACGACUGUCUCAUCUCCUUCCUACCGCUGGCGCACAUGUUCGAGCGGCUCAUCGAGUCGGUGGUGUACUGCCACGGAGGACGGAUCGGCUUCUAUCAGGGCGACAUCCGCCUGCUCCCGGACGACAUGAAGGCUCUGAGGCCGACCAUCUUCCCCGUCGUGCCUCGACUUCUCAACCGCAUGUACGACAAGAUCUUCAGCCAGGCGAACACGCCGGUGAAGCGCUGGCUGCUCAACUUCGCCGCCAAGAGAAAAGGUGCUGAGGUCAGCAGCGGGGUCAUACGCAGCGACAGCGUCUGGGACAAGAUCUUCUUCAGUAAGAUUCAGGCCAGCCUCGGAGGACGACUGAGGAUGAUUAUAACAGGGGCGGCUCCUACCUCGCCCAGUGUGCUGGGGUUCCUCAGAGCAGCACUGGGAUGCCAGGUGUACGAGGCGUACGGCCAGACAGAGUGCACAGCUGGCUGCACCUUCACCACACCUGGAGACUGGACCCCAGGUCACGUCGGGGCCCCGCUGCCGUGCAACCUCAUCAAACUGGUGGACGUCCCCGAGAAGAACUACUUCGCCUCCAAGGAAGAAGGAGAGGUUUGUGUGAAGGGCUCAAACGUGUUCAAGGGCUACCUCAAAGACCCGGAGAGGACGGCCGAGACGCUGGACGCAGACGGCUGGCUUCACACCGGCGACAUCGGCAAAUGGCUGCCCAACGGCACGCUGAAGAUCAUCGACAGGAAGAAGCACAUCUUCAAGUUGGCGCAGGGCGAGUACAUCUCCCCCGAGAAGAUCGAGAACAUCUACAUCAGGAGCGAACCCGUGACGCAGCUCUACGUUCACGGAGACAGCCUGCAGUCCUGUUUGGUGGGUAUUGUGGUUCCCGACCCUGAAGUCAUGCCUGAGUGGGCCAAGAAAAAAGGCAUUUUCGGCACCUACAAGGACCUCUGUAAAAACACGGAAUUGAAGAAGGCCGUCCUUGAAGAUCUGGUGCGUCUGGGCAAGGCCAGCGGCCUCCACUCGUUUGAGCAGGUGAAGAACAUCUACAUCCACAGCGAGAUGUUCUCCAUCACCAACGGCCUCCUGACCCCGACGCUGAAGGCCAAGAGGCCCGAGCUGAAGGAGUUCUUCAAGGAGAAGAUCGACCGGCUCUACGACGGCAUCUCCAUGUGAAGGCCGGCCCCGACCUCAUUUCUCCUGCUUUUGACCCUCUUGACCCCGCGGUGGGACAAAGACGUGACACCUUAGGCUUCAAACGUGCUUUUGGAAAAGCAAGCCAAACCCCGACCCCCCUUUGCUUUUUGGAAGAUUUAAAAAUGCCCCA